CAAAGACCUUGUUAUAGUUUUAAAAAUAAUUCUCGUGCGUCCGCCCGACACGGGAUGCAGUCUUCUUCAGGCGGGAAUCGGAGCAACGCGCUUCUGACUUUUUACGUUACAAACAAACGUAUGAACAACUUCGACUGAGUAACAUACGUUAAACAAUAAACAUUGCAGUGCAUACUUUUUAAUAGUGAAGUGAGGAAAAUGAACUAGAAAAUACCUUGCAAAAAUAAAACAUGGAUUACAAUGAAGAAUUGAUUCCAACAACAGUCCUACACUGGAAUUAUCGGGGUUUUACCGAAUUUCCUUUAAAUCAAUUAAAAGGCGAAGAAGCAGAGGUGACAGAUAUUUAUUUGAAGGAGAACCUCUUGACUCGUUUACCAAGUAACAUCGGAGUUUUGGAGCAUUUAGAGAGCCUGUACGUUAGCGGUAAUGAUAUAACGGAGUUGCCGAGAGAGAUAUCCAAGUUGCGAUGUCUCAAGUGUCUAGAUGUUAGCGGGAACAGAUUGAGGCGUAUUCCUGAAGAGAUAGCUGAAGCGAGGAGCCUAAAGUUCCUAAUAUUGGAUGAGAAUGAAUUAACCGAGCUGCCGCUAAGGAUUUCUGAGUUAAGACGUCUACGGUACCUAUCGGUUUGUGAUAAUAAAUUGCGAUGGCUCCCUCAAAGACCUGUCUUCAAUUAUCAUCACUGUGAAUUUCGAUUUUGGAGGAACUCCAACUUGAAGACUCUGCCCUACUCGUUAUGGUACCACAUGUUUAGAGAUCAACAAACUAGAUGUCUCAAUAUUGGAUGCUUAGAAGCUGCAAAUAGCCAAAACGCACAUACAAGAAGAAAUCAAUGCAAAUUAAAACUUUUGGACGAAGAUUCAAAUGAAAUUGAAGUCACAGUAGAAACUCCCGCACCACAUAGUGUUGUAUUAGAAUCUAAGUUCCAUACCCCACCGAGCCUUUACGAGUUAAGCAAAAGACUAUUUUACCAAAUGUUAAAUAGUGCAGUAAGAAAAUUAAAUCCACAGACAUAUAGUUUUUAUUCAGAACACGUAAGAGAAAAUCUUUACAAUGAACAUAAUAAUAAUAUAAUAGAUCUGCAAGAAAAUUUUCAUGGAUUUAAAAUAGGUGCUGACAAGGAUAGUUCCAAUGGCGAUGAGAACGGUAAUGACUAUAAGCCCAAGGCCAAGCAAGAAAUACACAAAAAAUCUACAAAAGCAUAUUUUGUACCUGCUGAUGUAAUAAAGGAGUAUUUCAAUUUCUUGCCUAAUACACUAAUAUCAGAUCUUAGUAGUGGACCAAUUUCAACGUGUGAAAAUCUUAACUGCAAGAAGCCUGUAUUUGAUCACGCGUUUUACGAAUUUUGUCUUGGUGAAAUCACCCUUAUUGAUAAAACCGAGGACGUUUUACUGAGUGCUGUCUUCUGUUCAAAAUACUGUGCAGACUUUUGGAAAAGAAGCAAAGAUGCGAUUCCGUGGUCGUUGUGCUAAAGUAAAAAACGUAUCUAUAUUAAAAAUGGACAAACAAG